UUAAAAGAAUGUGAUCUUCACAACUAAGGAAACAUCAGGCCGACUGUUAUGUUAGGGGUAUUAAAGGAUCUUCUUGAGGCGUCGACACAAACUAAACAGUGUAAGGCUGCACAGCUUUGUUUUGACACCAUGUUUGGAUCUGUACUCGGCUGAUUUUUCCCCUCAAAAAGUAAGUUUAUGUCUUAGAUGUUGGUAAGAGAGCAAGAAAGUCUGAAGUCUAGUAAGUUUUACUUAAGCAAAGGGGCAUAAAGAGGUUAAUGGACAACAGUGAGGAUGUUCCGUGCUUUAUUUUAAGUCAAUGCAAUUUACCAGUUUUCUUUCCCAGUCUAUAGGCAGUUCAUCUUAAUGUCUGUAUUUCUUGUUCAUUCACAAGGAUGUGAGUGAUAUUAUAUUUACGCCAGUGAAUUUGUGGGUGUUUAGCUUUAUCAUUGACUGAAACUUGUUUAUUUAAUUUGCAAACCUUAUUGUAUUUAUUUUUUAUUUCUUAUCUUGUUUUUCCAAAUCCUGGAAUCCAGUGCAUCAGAUGUAUUGAUAAAAUGUGACGUGCAUGCUUUUCUAUUUAAAUGUUACAUUUGUUUGUAAGUUAUAGUAGGUUAGUUGGACUCACACAGUCGAUGCAGACCGUUCAAGACUUUGAUUAGAAAAGUGGCGAAUUCUGAGAUGUGCCUUAAAGUGAAUAGAUCUUAAAUGACUGUAUAAUGCACAUUUUAAUUUAAUAUUUUCUCUUUGAAUUCCAGAUAGCUUUAAGAGUGUGCUGUGAUUUCUAUAAAGAAUUAAUUCAAGUGUGAGUAAAAUAGGGGAGUGAGGACUGAUAGAGAAUGAAGAAUGUGGGAUGGGCGAUACCGAGUGAACGGCCAAAGGACCAGCUCGUGUAGAUUAUAUAAAUAGUUUUGUCUUUGUUUCCACUUGCUCAAAUCUUCAGUGAUACUAAAGAACACUGUGAUCCUGUACACUACUGCUACUUUAAACUACAUCUUGGUUUUGCUUUUUAUAUUUUAUUUUUUCUCAGGCUAGGUUUGAUUCUUAUGCAACAUUGUAUACAGUUUAUAGCUUUAUGUGCAUUUAUAUCUUUAGAGUUAUUCAGCUAUUUAGUGCAAGAUUUUUAUGAUUUUUAAUUUUUCAUUGUCUAUAUUUUUUUAUCUUUAUUUUUAUUUUCAAAGGUUAGUUGAAUGCAAAUGAAAGUUUGUUGUUUGCCUUCUACUGUGGUUGCUAACCCAGGUGCUUUCUGGGAGAGUUUGAGCCACUUUCCAAACCCUGCUUGUUGUCUUACUCUUUCAGUAGCAGUUUCCACUUCAGUGGUCACUCUGCCAAGCUGUUACAAUUCAACUAUAAUGUGAUAAUAGUCAACAUGUAAACUGAGGAUAUUGAUGCUACUGUGAAGCUAUGCAACUCACUGUAAUUAAAAGACAUCAAGCUGAGCUCUGUACGUGUGCUUUAGUAGAAUGGAGACGUGGUUAUGAACCUUUUCUUGUUUCACCACUUUUUCUAAAUUAUGGUGUUUUUUGAUUUCUUUGCCCUCCCUGGAAUUUGAGUAAUAUUGCUCUCUGUAGCUGUGUGAUACAGUUUUACUUGCAGCACAUUUCUCUCAUAUUGACCUGUCUUUAACAGUUUCCUUUAUUUUGACCAGAUCAAAGGAGAUGUUGUACCUCUAGCUUAAUUAUUUGCAACUUAACAGCAUCACCUUGUGAAUUAUGGUGUUUUUCAUUUCUUUGCCCUGCCUGGAAUUUGAGUAAUAUUGCUCUCUGUAGCUGUGUGAUGCAGUUUUACUUGCAGCCACAAGGUGAUGCUGUUUAGUUGCAAAUAAUGUGUCAGCUAUAGGUACAACAUCCUCCGGUCAAAAUAGAGACAACUGUUGUCUGCUUCCUGUACUGUUAAAUAACCUAAAUAAGUUUAUAUGUGAACACUCAAUAUAAAAAAAUAAGAAAAACUCUUCAGUAAUAUAUCAAAACUGAAAUAUAUUAGCCUAGUGGCAACUGCAUAUUACAACCCACUUACAAUAUUUCUCUUAAAGACAAAAAAUGUUACUUUACGCUUCUCAAUUUCUCUUCCUUUGACCUCUAACUUUAACUUUAACAGUACAUGUCCCAAUGUCCUACAGCCAGAAAGCAGCCAGCAAUGCUUGUAAACUCUUAGGCUUAUAGUGUCCAUGGCAGCAAAGAAGAAAAAGGAAGACGUGCUGAAAUUUGCAGAGAUGUCAUAUUUUAAAUGUAAAUCAGUUUUAGGCUAAAUAUGACCAAUAAAUACCCAAAAGGCCACCAAAUUUGUUGCCGUUUGCAGUAACUGAUUUGCCCCAAAUUGAACAUAUUUGACGGAGUUGGAGGGCGAGUGGGUGGAUAGUAUAUGAGCGAAGGCAGCUCUCCAAUAGGAGGAAUGUCUCAGUGUGUCAUUAUGGUGUCCAUGUCAAUGCAUGUUUGGUAUUGUAAGUAUACGUUGUAAACAUCUGUGAGAAUGGGUCUGCUUUUUCUCAUGUUCUGUAAAUAUACAUCAGACAGCCUCCAUGAUAGGAAUAGUAUUGUUUUACAGCCAAAGCUCCGGAGGGGUUUUUAUUUAGCAUUCCUGCUCCAGAAUGAGCAUGAUGACUGUAAAAUGAGUCCAUCGUACUAUAAUCAACUUUACAUUAUCUGGAGUGCACACAAACCCACAAGCAUAUAUGAUGAGUGGAUGUGAUUUAGCUUUAAAUGUAUGCGUUAAAAUGCCUUUCAGAGGGAGCUAAUUCUGUCUAAAUAGUGAAAUACCACACUGCAAUUCAAGGUUAAAAUACUUUUGUAGACUCCGGCAUAGUUUUGUAUUUAAAUUUGUUUUGUUCAACACUGGACAGUGGAGGAAUAUUUCUUGCCUUUUUCUCUGAGGCACAUCUCUUCUGAUGGUGAAAUACAAAUAACUUGGGUUUGAAGCAUGCUGUGGAAUUUUCUGGAUGCUAAAUUUGGUCUCUUUCUGUUUUUUUCUUCCUCUCUAUCAAGCACAUUUCAGUUUUGUGAGUCAGGCAUGUAGGAACUAACAAAUUUAUUCCUCUAUUCAGCCACGAGCAGCUUCUAGGUUCGUCUUGAUGAACGUUUGGUUCUUCGGUUUCUAACUUUGGGAUACAAGCUGUAGGAAAAUAUUCAUUGAACUCCAGAGGCUUCGGCACUACUGUGAACUUUUAAACUGGGUGCUAUUCCACAUUAAUUGCAGUUAUUUCCUCAUCAGAGUCAAUUGUUGGUGAGCUCGUAUGUUUUGAAAACUCUCCUCUCCCGCACUAAUUGUAAAUCGCUGCCAUGUCCUCCCACGGCUUUGAGAGCUGCAGAAUAAUUCCUGUUGUGUAUUUGUGUGCAUUCCUAUCACGACUCGGUGAGAGCAGAGGGAUGUUACCACCACCCCCCAUUACCACUAAACACCACUGUCUCCUCUUUAAUUAGCCAUUCAUAGAAGGGAGAUCUACACGGCACUGACACUUUUAUCGGGACAGAUGGAGCUUGUUUAGAGGUGUGUACACCUGCAUGUGCACAGCAUAUGUACACGUUUCCAGUUGGUCAAGCAACAAAGCAGACAGAUGCACAUUAAAUGAAAUGUUUCUGCUUGCAUCCUCCCUGCCUGAUUCUCUUUGUCCCUUUUGUUGUAAAGUGAAUGGGGUUCUUGGGUCUGUGGGACUGUGCUGAUGUUUAUGUUGGGAGGGAUCCACCCUGCAAGACAAAACCCGCCGUAGACCAGAGUGGCUCGAGCUGAGCCGUGCAAAACCAUGGCUGAGGAUAGCUGAGGGCACGGUCCUGGCAUUAAGAGGGGGAUUGUGUGCCAGUUGCUGCCAUAAAUCCAAAUAUCAGAGCAGGUAUGGCUGUGAGUGUAGUAGUUUGUCUUUUCAUUUGUAUAUAUUAGGAUAUAAUCUCUGUCCCGGUGCCUAUGCUGUGCUUAAAAUAUUAUGUUGACUUACUAUUUAUGGCUGUGGUCUGCCCUCCCCACAGAUCAUGAAUAUUUGUAUGUCUGUGUAUACUGUAUAUGUGUGUGUGUGUGUGUGUGUGCUUUUUCAUUCCAGUUCCCUGCUGCAGCUUCUGUGUGUGUGUGUGGCCACACUUGAUCUACAUGUUAAGACCCACGUUUACGGAUUAUUUAUUCCGGCUUCUUGCCUCCAAGGACUGAGGUGUUGAUUCCUCUCUUCCCUGGUGGAUUCUCCUUCGUUACAUGUACACACACACACACACACACACGCACACACACGCACGCACACACACACACACACACACACACACACACAGCCCAGUCUCCCCUCAGCCUCUCCCUUCGGGCAGGGGUUAUGCAGUGUCAUGCAGGUUAGGUCUCUCUCUCUAUAGGGGUUUGCCUGGGGGUAAACCUGAGAGAAAAGGAGUGGAGUGAGUGAAAAAAAAAACAUAAAAAGAAAGAUACUUGGGGUAGAUUUGUAUUGUGAAUAGAAUCAAGGGAACGAAAAAGGGAUCUGGAGAAUGAGAGUGAGUUCAGGCAGGGUUCUGGGGGGGGGGGUGUUGUGUGAGGAGUGGGGGAGGAGAGGAGGGGUAGGGGUGGAGUCGGGGGGCUCUGCUAUUUGUAGAUCCUUGUGAUGGAUGACUGGUGUGUGUGUGUGUGUGUGUGUAAGAGAGAGAGAGAGAGAGAGAGAGAGAGAGAGAGAAAGAGUGGCUUUUUUCUCUUUCUGCUCUUUCCCUGUUCCCUCUCUCUUCAGGCGAGCAGAGCAGAGCGGGACUGACUGAGUGAGAGGAGGACAGAGACGCAGACGUGUGCAGACCAGAGCACAGCAACUCCACAAAGACAAGAGAGGAGAAGAGUUUGCCAGGAGAAAAUAAGAGAAAGAAAACAGCCUUUUUUUUUUUUUACAUCAGCAAACUGUGGUGGACGUCAUACCUACAUCAAAAGAAAUCUAGAAGAAGAACAAAAAGGAUUUUUGCUUCACAGCUAAGAGGAAAAUAUUAGUUAUAAUUUUGUUUUAUUUUGUUAUAUUCACCACAAAUAUAGAUUUAUUUUUUAGAGGACUUGGCAAGGUGUAGCAGGACUUUUUUUUUGCAGAGAAAGGUGGACAGAGUUGUUGAAGAAGAAUUGGCUGCAGUGGUGGUGAAUAUGCCCGUCAGAGGUGGCUCUUUUGGGGCAGGCAUGGGCAGGCUGGCCGGGCAGCCGCUCUGGAUGUGCGUGGUGAUGCUCUCCGCUCUGCUCCUGGGCAGUGCCAGUGCAUGCCCAGCCCUGUGUACCUGCAGUGGCACCACAGUGGACUGCCAUGGACUGGGUCUCAAAACCAUGCCAAGGAAUAUCCCCCGCACCACUGAAAGACUGGAGCUGAAUGGGAAUAACCUCACACGCAUCACCAAGAGUGACUUCGCCGGACUCAAGUACAUCCGAGUUCUGCAGCUGAUGGAGAAUCAGAUUACUGUGAUCGAGCGUGGGGCUUUUGAUGACAUGAAGGAGCUGGAGAGACUGCGACUGAACCGUAAUCAACUGCAGCAGCUUCCUGAGUUGCUGUUUCAGAAGAACCCUGCCCUGUCUCGACUAGAUCUGAGUGAGAACUUCAUCCAGUCCAUUCCCAGAAAAGCAUUCAGAGGAGCGACAGACAUCAAAAACCUUCAGCUGGAUAAAAACCACAUCGCCUGCAUCGAGGAUGGAGCCUUCAGAGCUCUGAGAGGCUUGGAAGUGCUAACGCUGAACAACAACAACAUCAGCAGCAUUCCCGUCUCCAGCUUCAACCACAUGCCCAAGCUACGAACCUUCCGUCUCCACUCCAACAAUCUGAACUGUGACUGUCAUCUGGCCUGGCUGGCCCAGUGGCUCAGACAGAGGCCUACGAUUGGUCUAUUCACCCAGUGUACUGGCCCGACUGAGCUCAGAGGACUGAAUGUGGCAGAGGUACAGAAGCACGAAUUCAGCUGCUCAGGUCACCAGGAGUCUUCCAGCCCUCAGCCGUGCAGCAUCGGCGGAGGCUCUUGCCCCGCCAUGUGCACCUGCAGUAACAACAUCGUGGACUGUAGAGGGAAAGGUCUCACCGCCAUCCCAGCCAACCUACCCGACACCAUGGCUGAGAUACGUCUGGAGCAGAAUGGGAUUAAGUCUGUUCCUCCCGGAGCCUUCUCUCCCUACAAGAAACUGCGUAGGAUAGACCUGAGCAACAACCAGAUCUCAGAGAUAGCUCCAGAUGCCUUCCAGGGCCUGCGUUCCCUCAACUCCCUCGUGCUGUAUGGAAAUAAGAUCACCGACCUGCCCAAGGGGGUGUUUGACGGCCUCUACGCCCUGCAACUGCUGUUGCUGAACGCCAAUAAGAUUCACUGCGUUCGUGCCAACGCCUUCCAGGACCUGCAGAAUCUCUCGCUGCUGUCGCUCUACGACAACAAGAUCCAAACCCUCGCCAAGGGCACCUUCACGUCACUACGAGCUAUACAGACCCUUCACCUGGCCCAGAACCCAUUUAUCUGUGACUGUAAUCUGAAGUGGCUGGCAGACUACCUGCGCUCCAAUCCCAUCGAGACCAGCGGCGCCCGCUGCGCCAGCCCUCGCCGACUCGCAAACAAACGUAUUGGACAGAUCAAGAGCAAGAAGUUCCGCUGCUCCGGUACAGAGGACACCCGUCUGAAUAACGCCUGUAACAGUGAUCCAGUGUGUCCUCCCAAGUGCCGCUGUGAGUCGAACGUGGUGGACUGCUCCAACCUGAAGCUCACCAAGAUCCCUGAGCACAUCCCGACAUCCACCAGUGAACUCCGCCUUAACAACAACGACAUCACCGCUCUGGAGGCAACGGGAGUUUUUAAGAGCCUUUCCCAGCUGAAGAAAAUUAACCUCAGCAACAACAAGAUCACAGAGAUUGAAGAUGGGUCCUUUGAAGGCGCGUCGUCCGUCAAUGAGCUUCACCUCACGGCCAAUCAGAUCGACUCGGUCCGAAGCGCGAUGUUCCGCGGCCUCGAGGGGCUGCGCAUGCUGAUGCUGAGGAACAACAAGAUCAGCUGCGUCCACAACGACAGUUUCACGGGGCUGCACAACGUCCGCCUGCUGUCUCUGUACGACAACCAGCUGACCACGAUCACUCCGGGGGCCUUUGACACUCUGCAGACUCUCUCUACCCUUAACCUCUUGGCCAACUCCUUCAACUGUGACUGCCGGCUGGGAUGGCUCGGCGAUUGGCUGAGGAGUAGGAAGAUCGUGACCGGUAACCCUCGCUGCCAGCGUCCCGCCUUCCUGAAGGAGAUCCCUCUGCAGGAUGUGGCUCUGCCUGACUUCCGCUGUGAGGAGGGCCAAGAGGAGCUGUCAAGCUGUGUGCCCAGACCCCAGUGUCCCAGUGAAUGUACUUGCCUAGAGACUGUGGUGCGCUGCAGUAACAAGCACCUCCACACAUUGCCCAAAGGCAUCCCCAGGAACGUGACUGAACUGUAUCUGGAUGGAAACCAGUUCAGUGUGGUGCCAAAGGACCUGUCUACCUUCAAAUACCUCCAGCUGGUAGACCUGAGCAACAACAAGAUCAACUCUCUGACCAACUCGUCCUUCGCUAACAUGAGCCAACUCACCACUCUAAUCCUGAGCUACAACUCCCUGCGUUGUAUCCCCAAAAUGGCCUUCAGUGGACUGCACUCCCUCCGACUGCUGUCUCUCCAUGGCAACGAAAUCUCAGAGCUCCCUGAUGGCAUCUUCAACGAUGUGGCCUCACUUUCCCACUUGGCUAUUGGCGCCAAUCCCUUGCACUGUGACUGUCGCCUGCGCUGGCUAUCUGACUGGGUGAAGACCAGCUACAAAGAGCCCGGCAUCGCCCGCUGUGCUGGCCCACAGGGCAUGGAGGGCAAACUGCUGCUCACCACACCUGCUAAGAAGUUUGAAUGUACAGGUGAUGUGGACGCCACAGUGCUGGCCAAGUGCAACCCCUGUCUGUCCAGUCCCUGUCUGAACCAAGGCAUCUGUCACAGCGACAUGGUGGAGAUCUACAGGUGCAGCUGUCCUCCAGGAUUCAAGGGCAAGAACUGUGAGACAGCUCUGAAUGCCUGCGUGAGUAACCCAUGUGCCAACGGAGGAACCUGCCAAGUGAAUGAGGAUGAGGAGGGAGAGUAUAGUUGUUCAUGUCUACUGGGCUUUGAGGGCCCCACUUGCAAAACCAACAUUGACGAAUGCGAGUACAACGACUGUGAGAACGGAGCAACCUGCAUCGAUGGAGACAACAACUACACUUGUUUUUGUCCCCCCUACUACACAGGGGAGAUGUGCGAAGAAAUGGAGGAUGUGUGUGCCCCAGGACGGAGCCCCUGCCAACAUCAGUCUACCUGCCUCAUCACCUCCACUGGACCCAAGUGUGUGUGCUCUCCUGGUUACAUUGGUGAUGACUGCAGUGUAGACUAUGACGACUGUGAGGAGCACCGUUGCCAGAAUGCAGCUCAGUGUGUGGACGAGCUGAAUGGAUACUCCUGCGUCUGCCCUGAAGGAUACAAUGGUCAGUUGUGUGAGGUUCCCCCAUCUCCGCUGUCCCUGUGUGAGCUGGCCGACUGCCAGAACAACGCCCCGUGCGUGGAGCUAGGCGGGCGUGCCCUCUGCCAGUGUCCUCCGGAGUUUGGCGGGCCACGCUGCGAGAAGCUGGUCAGCGUCAACUUCAUCGACAGAGACUCCUACCUACUGCUCUCUGACCUCAAGAACUGGCCACAAGCUAACAUCACCUUACAGGUCUCAACAGCUGAGGAUAAUGGUAUCCUGCUGUACAAUGGAGACAAUGAUCACAUUGCAGUGGAGCUCUACCAAGGUCAUGUCAAGGUCAGCUAUGACCCUGGCAGCCAGCCAGGACAUGCCAUCUACAGCACUGAGACAAUCAACGAUGGCCAGUUCCACACAGUGGAGCUAGUGACCUUUGACCAGAUGAUGAACCUGUCCAUUGACGGGGGUCUCCCUACCACAAUGGACAGCUUUGCGGCAGCGCGGCCCCUCAACGGGGAGGCUCCACUAUACGUGGGGGGUAGGGGCCCUCUCCAGAACACACCUCCCUCCUCUGCAGGCAUGCCAGUGGAUGUACACUCCGGCGCUUUCCGUCUCUGGCAGCUCCAGAAUGGUUCCAGUUUCCACGGCUGUAUCCAGAACCUGUACAUUAACAAUGAGCUCCAGGAUUUCACCAAGACCCAGAUGAAGCCUGGCGUGGUACCGGGCUGUGAGCCCUGCAAGAAGAUCUACUGUGUGCAUGGCAUCUGCCAGCCUGAUGGGGUCCAGGGACCAGUAUGCCACUGCCAGCCAGGCUGGAAUGGGCCGCAAUGUGACCAGCCAUCUACCAACCCCUGCCAGGGCAGCAAGUGCGUCCAUGGACAGUGCAUCCCACUGGACACUCAGUCGUACCGCUGUGAGUGUGAGGACGGUUACCGCGGUGCCCUGUGUAACCAACAGGGUGAGCUGUUCAACCCCUGCCGUCGCCUGUCCUGCAAACACGGUCGCUGCCAGAUCUCAGACACAGGAGAUGCCUACUGUCACUGUGAAAGUGGCUACACUGGGGAACUGUGUGAUGCAGAGUCUGAAUGCCGGGGGGAACCUGUGCGAGACUUCUACCAGGUGCAGCGAGGCUACGCCAUCUGCCAAACAACACGCAUGGUCUCCUGGGUGGAGUGCACCGGCGCUUGCGAUACGGGGUCCUGCUGCGCCAGCCAGCGAAUGAAACGCCGGAAAUACACCUUUGAAUGCAGCGAUGGAACCUCCUUCAGCGAGGAAGUGGAAAAGACCAUCAAGUGCGGCUGCUCGGGCUGCAUGUAGCACCAUUCACUCACAUUUCCUGCCUCUGCCGCCGAGCAGAAGAUAGAAAGAAAGGAAGGAAGAAAGCGGACUGGAGGAAAGCGAGGGAGGGAAAGAAUAGAAAGAGAGAGAGUAUAAAGAAUAUAUAUAAAACCUCUAUCUAUAUAUUAUGGACAACAAUGUUUGUAAAAUAGGACAUUUCCUCCCCUUCCAAGGGUGUGUGACCUACAGUAACACAGAGAAACCAACAUCAUGAGCAACAAUGUAAAAGUGACAACAACAGCAACAGAACCAUUGUAUCUGCAACAUUGUUCCAAGGGGUCCAGAGAUUUCAAAGGUGUUGCAUUCAGAGUGAGGCAUCCCUCCAACCCAAAUUACCCAGUGUGAAUUCCCCAUCCAUCUGUGAGGCCUCUGACAGCCUAGCCACCAUCUACCAUCUUUACUUCGUGGAGGCAGUGAGGACAGUGGGGUCCAGCCUGGCUAAGAAUGGCAGAAGAGAGGCAGAGAAAGACAAAAAGACAGAAACAGGGGGAUGAGAAGAGAGCUGGACCGUUUGACUUGGCAAAGCUAUCUUGAGUUGAGCUUGGCUGGGUUACCUGGACUGGGCUGGAUAUGGUUUGGGUUGAGUUAAAGUUGUUAUUGGUUUGGUGUAGCAAUUUCUCUGCCAGGAUACAGUCAUCCAUCCACACAUGCACAUGUAGAAGUGAACAAAGAAAAGGUAGGGUUAGAGUGGCACAUAAUCCAGUGCGGAUGUCGUGGCUUCGAGGCCAGGUGGUCUGGCGUCACAGUUGUUUGCUGUGAGGUACCGUAACGUAGAAACUCCAUAAAAAUAGAGACUGCACUGACUAGCAGCACUGAAAAACGACAGUCGAACACCUCUCUGAAGUACAUGAUCACACACGCAUGGCAUACAUACAUCUACACAGUCUUAAAACUUGUAAAAGUGAGAGGGCUCGUGUGGUGCAACUAUCUAUUCUGUUCGUACAGCAAAACCAAUCUGGUGCUGGCAGUGCCCAGUGGUUGUCAGUCCCCCAGCAUGCAUUGCCUCAGGGUUAGGAUGAUUUGCAUAAUCCCACCCCCCUUUGAGCAGGAGGCUGUUUAGCCCUGCUCCUCUUGAUGCCUGCAGUAUUAAACUUGUGCAAACUGUUGCAUGUGUGGAGAAGAGUUUGCCAACAAAUAUGUAGAGCUUCUUAAUAUCAUUAUAAAUGUUAUUACAAAACAAAAGGUUGCAGAAUCAUCUUCUGAUUUUUUGUUUUGUUCUGUCUAAUUUCUCAUAUUGAUUUGUUUCUAUUUUUGUUAUAUUUUGUUAUAUUUUGUCUCAUGAUGUAACCUAACUCCUUUAGCCGUCCCCCCCCACCCCCAACCCUCCCCAACAACUCUUUAUAUAGAAAUGCCUAACAGAUUCUAAUAUAUAUAUAUUUGUAUUUCAUUUUGGUAUAGUAUUUUUCUAUGUUAAAGAGUAAGUCUGUUUCUGGAAGCUUUGGGACUGGUGGAAAGGCAUUCAGUUGGUUCCCUAGGUGUUUUUAUUUGUUGAUCUCACUUGCUCCAACAAGGUAAUUCAUUACGUUAAUUGGCCAAAAAUACAGCAGCUGGUUGGUCUUGUUGUAUAGGAGGCAGUAUUGGUCUAGAAAUAUGUUUAAUAUUGUAUAUGUUGUCUUCCAUGUGAAUAUUACAUCUAAUUCAUGAGAGUCUGUGCUUGAUUUUAUUUAUUUUAUCUAAAGGCGUUUUCCUGUAGAAAGUGAAAGGCAUAAAUGUUGCUGACUUUCAAAUAUUUUCAAAAAUUUCAAAAAGAUGAAAAAAGCUAAAAUAAUGAAUAAAAAAAAUCUGUAAGGUAUUUGUAACAUCACUUAAUAGCGAGUUACGACAGUGUUUUCCUCCUCUCCGGCUCAGACAUUCCUCAUUUGCUGCAGGAGCUGGAGAGGUCAGAGCUGGGAUUAAGAGAUGUCCCCCUCAAAUUGACCUUGUAAUUACCAUACCACACUUAAAGGCUUCUGAUUGUUUUCAUGUUCAUUUUGUUGAAGUGUUGGGUUGUAUUUCUAUAAUUUUAAUUUGAGAGAUGUUUGCCAUAGAGGUGUUUUUAGUUCAACAGAGUUAAAGUAGUCAAGCUCAACUGAUCAUAAGCUGCUGUCAAGCCAGAAGAAAUAGGAUGAAAUUGCUUCUGAGGACAAUGAUCAUGUCAAGAUAAAUCAUCCUAGAUCUGUCUGAAUAGGCAACUGUGUGAAGCAUUACAUGCCUACUACUGACGGAUCAUAAACGAGAAAGGUCUGGACAUUUCAAUGUCAGUUCUGACUGGCUAUCCACACAAAAAAAGAAGAAAUGGUGCCAAUUACAGUGAACACAACAGUCAUACCUGAAUGUAUAAAUGUGUAUAGAUAAAUAUGACCUAUGCUUAUUCAUGAAGUGGUAACUUUUAGCUGUUAUUUAGUUUCCAAUGUAAGAUAUAGAAAUCACAUACUGUUCAAUAAGUGACAGUCCAUCAGGAUGGCUUAAGGCAUUGUUCUCCCUGCAGAUUGGGAUUGUGUUUAUCCAUUUUGCUGAUCUAAAUGUUAAAAGUCUCUUUAUAGUGUGAAAGGCUGCAGGGCCAGAUCUCAGCUUGGUACAAUGCACACAGAGCUCCUAUUCAUAUUGCUACCCAUGUUAACUUUGUUUUACAUGCUGUUGAUGUGAUCCCAGUGGUGUACAAUAACAUUAAAAGAUCUCAUAAAGGAUACUGAUGAACAGUCACUGUAACUCUUAGGCUGUGUGCCUCGUAAAGGUGCAUAUUUAGUCGAAUGUGGCUUUCUUUUCAUGUCUCCUUUCCUUCCUCUGCACUGAUCUGUACUGGACUGGUGCAUUCAACUUCCUGGUAGACAUCUUAGUGGUGCUUGUGCUAUAUUGAGAUGUAAUUCAGUUAUCUGGUCACAUGACCAGAAACACAGAUUUUCCAUCCUAUGAACUAUAUACAUAAAUAUGUUAUUGUAACACAAUGUCUCUGUUGUAUUGAACUGGUGCAAAAACUUAAGAAAUAUCCCUCGUUGGGUUCUGUCUAUUAGCUUUUUUGUUACAGGAUUGAUGGUGGGAUUAAACUGAAAAACUCCCAAUAAUGCUGAAUGUAUGUAGUGCCACCGACAAAAUGUUUACCAAACCUCCACUCUUUUUCAUUAAUUAAACUUAAAUGUGUGUGCUUUUAA